AGGUCUUCGUUUGCUUGUACUGCGGAGUCAGUGCUGCCACCCUGGCGUCGGCCGCCGACGCAGAGCUCCGGGACCUGCGCGGGCGCCGGGGACCGCGGCUGCGCGAGCUGCUGCAGCGCGCGCGGCCCACGGUGCUGCUGCUGGUGGCCGGUGGUUGUGACCUCAGCCUCCACGGGGCGGUCCCGGAAGUCCUUCGCAGCCUGCAGACCUUGGCGCUGGAGGCCGUGAAGGCAGCCCCUGAGACGAUCUUGGCCAUGAUGGCAGUGCCCGAUGCGGGUCGGGCCGCUGAGCAAGCCUCGAUGCUGGGCGCUGCUUUGACGACCAGGCGCCAAGACUUGAAUCGUGCUUUGGCCCAGUGGAGCUCCACCCAGCCGAUGGCCUACGUGAAUUCGGGCGCCUUGCUGCCGCAUGGCCCAAGAUCAAUGGCUGCUGGCUAUUGGGACGGCCCAUUGCUGUCAACCAAGGGCGCCCACGUGCUCUCAGGCCGCUUGGCCUGUGCCUUGCUGCCACAAGUGAUGCGGCGGCGUCAACAUGAGGCCGAGCCCUUGGAUCUGGGAGAUGAAGGUGAGGUGCCUUCUUUAGAGGCCUUCAUGAAAGCCUUCAGCUUAGAGGAUGAGGCAGAGGCGAAGAGUGCUGCUCUUGGUGCACCCCUGGGGGCGAACGGUGCUCCUGCUCCACCAUGGGAGGUGUCGGCUGCAGUGCAACUCCAGCGAAGCCUUCGCUUCCUCCUGGGGGCCGAGAACAAGGCGCAGAGGCUGGCCUUGGCACGUUUGAGCGUGCGGCAACGCCUGAGCCGUGGGACGUCUUGGCAACCGCGGCUUUUGGUGACCUCGGCCGGACUGCGCCUCAGUGCAGGUUGAGCAAAA